AUGACCCAGGCAGAAUGCAACAAUUAUAUACUUAUUAUGCAUAAAAUAAAUGCAACAAAUUUAUAUAUAUGUGGCACAAAUGCAUUUCAUCCAGCUUGUCGUUACAUGGUAAUUGACAAUAUGAAAUUAAAGUUGUAUACAAGAGCUACAGAAAGCAGAGGAAGAUGUCCAUAUGAACCAACUCUGAGUUAUGCCUCUUUAAUGGUUGAUGGUGCACUUUAUACAGCCACUUCAAAUAACUUCUUGGGUACAGAGCCAAUUAUACUGCGGAGUUUCAGGAAUCCUUUAAGGACAGAAUAUAAAGCAUCAUGGCUUAAUGAACCCACUUUUAUUCAUAUGGAACUCAUACAGGAGAAUGAAGCAGUCUCUGACUCUGACAGAAUUUAUGUGUUCUUCACGGAAACUGCUACUGAGUUUGAGUUCUACGAUAAACUUCGGGUAUCACGAGUAGCUCAACUCUGCAAAGGCGAUCUUGGUGGAAAGCGAACAUUAAAAAAAAAAUGGACCUCAUUUUUAAAAUCUACCCUUCUCUGUUCUAUUAUGGAGACUAUUCAAGAUAAUUUUCUGAAAGGAAGCUUCAAAGGUCCUGUUGCUUUGGAAAAUUCUCAUAUGAAAUGGGUGAUGUACAGGGGAGAUGUCCCAAUUCCUCGCCCUGGGGCUUGUGCCGAUGUUUCUGCUCUACACUUGGGGUACACCUCUUCACUUGACUUGCCAGACAAAGUCCUCCAGUUUGCCCGAGACCACCCUUUGAUGGACAGUAUUGUGAACUCAGUUGGUCUUCAGCCUGUCUUCCUGAAAAGGGGUACCAAGUACACACAACUCAUAAUAAGCCAAGCCACUGACUUGGAUAAUGUCACAUAUGAUAUCUUUUUCCUAGGGACAGAAAAGAAAAUCAGAAGGUACCCUGUCACCCUUGGCAGCAGCCCUCAUCUUAACUGUGAACCUUUGUCCAACACAGCCAACCUCCUCUGGAUGUUUAACAAGAGCCGCUUGCUGGAAGAAGAGGCUAAAUAUCUCAUCCAUACAAAAGGACUGGUUGUCUUUAAUGUAACCGUUGCUGAUACUGGGCUUUAUGAAUGUCAGUCUGUUGAAAAAGUCAAUGGGCGAACAUUUCGUGUAACAGUCGAUAUCUAUUUCCUUCAGCCCCAGCCAGAGAAAACUUUCUACGGCCCUAAGUGUGACUUGUCAAACCAGAUGUGUUCUGAAAUAGCAGAAUCCAACCCCGCCUUUUCCAUCACAAAGUCAUGGAUUUCCAAAGUGAAAUUCCGGAGGAAAUUUGAGGAGUAUCCGGAUCCGGAGAAAGAGUGA